AUGAAAGAUGAAGGGGAUGAAACUUUGCAAAGGGUGGCUUCUUUAAUGAAGCUCAAGUGGGACAAAUGGAAGCUUGCCAUGCUCAAGAUUAGCUUCCACAAUCUUGGAGCCGAACCUUCAAAGGUUGAAGCUAUUGGGGAUGAAGUCGAAAGUUCCUUGCUCACUUUGUAUAAUGAGUAUAGAGGGGUGAGUAGUUUGGGUCCUCUACAAAGAGGAAGAGGAUGGUUUGGAAGAUGA